CAUUACCCAUAAUCUACCACGACGACGUAGCUAACGACAGACUCCAAGAUGGUGCUUGAAAGUACUAUGGUCUGUGUGGACAACAGUGAAUACAUGCGCAAUGGAGACUUCCUGCCCACAAGACUUCAGGCUCAGCAGGACGCAGUUAACAUUGUCUGUCACUCCAAGACCCGCAGCAACCCCGAAAACAAUGUUGGCCUCAUCACCAUGGCCAACAACUGCGAGGUGCUGACCACGCUGACUCCAGACACUGGGAGGAUACUGUCAAAGCUGCAUGCUGUCCAGCCCCGUGGAAACAUCAGCUUCUGCACAGGCAUCAGAGUCGCACAUUUGGCACUGAAACACAGACAGGGCAAAAACCACAAGAUGCGCAUUAUUGCAUUUGUUGGCAGUCCAGUGGAGGACAAUGAAAAAGAACUGGUCAAAAUGGCAAAACGUCUUAAGAAAGAAAAAGUCAGCGUGGAUGUUAUCAACUUUGGAGAAGAGGAGAUGAACACAGAGAAGCUGACUGCCUUCAUCAACACACUGAAUGGGAAAGAAGGAGCAGGCUCCCACCUGGUCACAGUGCCUCCCGGCCCCAGCCUGGCUGACGCCCUCCUCUCUUCACCCAUCCUGGCUGGGGAGGGAGGUGCAAUGUUAGGACUGGGUGCCAGUGACUUUGAGUUUGGAGUGGAUCCCAGCACAGACCCAGAGCUGGCCUUGGCUCUCAGGGUGUCUAUGGAGGAGCAGAGACAAAGGCAGGAGGAUGAGGCUCGCAGGGCUGCUGUUGUGUCUGCUGCUGAGGCUGGCGUUCCCUCUCCUACUGCAGAUGAGUCUGAGGAUGCCUUGCUAAAGAUGUCUGUUCCCCAGGCAGACACAGCCACACCUGCUCUACCUGACUUCAGCCGAAUGACAGAGGACGAACAGAUAGCCUAUGCUCUGCAGAUGUCCAUGCAGGGAGCUGGAGCAGAUUUUGGUGGUGAGGACAUGGACACAGGAGCUGACAUGGACUCCAGUGAGGCUAAGGAUGAGGAGGACUAUGAUGUUAUGCAGGAUCCAGUGUUCCUCCAGAGUGUGUUGGAAAACCUUCCUGGGGUCGACCCCAACAACGAGGCCAUCCGCAACGCCAUGGGCUCUCUGGCUUCCCAGACAGGCCCUAAACCAGACACUAAGAAGGACGAGGAGAAAAAAGAAUGAACAUUCAAAGAGAGGAAUAUAGAAUAUGACAUGCAAAAAUAAAACUGAGAAUUGCACGGCAUGUGUUCUUCACAGUAUUGAUACCCUCUUUAACUUUUGACAAUGUAACCUUUAGAAUAGCUGUAUAACUUUAAUGAUGAUACCCUUGUUUUUUUUUUUUUUUUUUUUUUUUUUACUUUGGUUUAUCAACAAGGCCUUCUUCUGAAUUUAUUUCUGUAUGAGUUUGUUUCAAGUCUUGACAUGUUUAUUUUGGGGUUGAUGGUAUUUUAACAACACCGUGUAACUUCAGACUUCAGUCUUGAAUAAAUGUACAGCAUAACAAGCUGGCACUUAAACUGA